GCCGCCGGGAGCGCACCGGGAGCGCAGCGGGAGAGCGGCGGAGCGAGCGCCGGCCCCGCCGAGCCGAGCCGGGCCGGGCCGUGCGGGAGCGGGGCUCCCGUGGCACACGAGGGCAGGAUGAACGUGGGGACGGCGCACAGCGAGGUGAACCCCAACACGCGUGUCAUGAACAGCCGCGGCAUCUGGCUGUCCUACGUGCUGGGCAUCGGGCUGCUGCACGUCGUGCUGCUCAGCAUCCCCUUCUUCAGCGUGCCCGUGGUCUGGACCCUCACCAACAUCAUCCACAACCUGAGCAUGUACAUCUUCCUGCACACCGUGAAGGGAACCCCCUUCGAGACCCCGGACCAGGGCAAGGCCCGGCUGCUCACGCACUGGGAGCAGAUGGAUUACGGAGUCCAGUUCACCGCCUCCCGCAAGUUCCUCACCAUCAUGCCCAUCGUCCUGUAUUUUCUAACCAGCUUUUACACCAAGUACGACCGGAUACACUUCAUCAUCAACACCAUCUCCCUCAUGAGCGUGCUGAUCCCCAAACUGCCUCAGUUCCACGGAGUCCGGAUCUUUGGGAUCAACAAGUACUGAGCGGCGUGGCUGGAGCGGGCGGCGGAGGAGCGGGGCAAGGGGGAAUUCCUUCUCCCCAGCCCUGUUUGCUCCCUCUGCACGGACUGGGAUGUGAUUUCGGAGCGGCUGUUCCAACGCAGGUCCCAACAGACACAUUCCGCAUGCUGGAUCCUCGUGCCCAAUAAAUCCAAACCAGCUCCAGAGUAGAGUUUAGUGCGGAGCAGGACACGCGACACCAGAUUUCUCUUAUCCCGGUGUCACCAAUAGAUGCAGAACCACUGAGACCUGGAGGUACAACGAGGACGGAUUCUGGGAGGAGUCUCAUCUGUCCCAGACAUGGAAUGAACAAGGACAGGGGUGAGGGGAAAAGCUUUUAGUGCUGGUACUAUUGCUGUGGUAAAUGCACUUUAAAAUACCUUUCCCUUCCUGAAGCUGGGUGGUGCUUUGAGCAGUACGUGGGGGAAAUCCAAAGGGAUACAGUCAGACUUCCCCAGGGCUGGAUUGUUUUGGGGUCUGAGUUGAAGUUCUAGGCAGGGGGGAGUGGGAGGGAGAAGAGAAUGACAGACUUUUAUUUUGCAGUCUUUGACAUCACUGAGAAGGGAAGUUCCUUUCCUAAAAACAACCUGCAGUUUGACAAAGCUUCUGCUUUCCUACAGCACCAUCCAUGUGGUCCAGGGAAAAGGUGGAUAGAUCCCAAAUCAUGCUUCUUAUUUUCAGUUUAUACCCAAAUCUGUCCUGGUAACUCCUUUCCCCACCCUCACUGCUGGUUUUGAAGCACAGGGGGUCUCAGGGGGCAUUUGGAUCAAGGGCUGGGGGUGGAUGAUUUAAUGAUUGACAACAAAUGCCACUGAGCUCCUUGGGACAGGGACAUGGACAUGGAGAGGUGUGGGAGAGGCUCCCACUGGACAGGUAUAGGCCAAAUGAGGUGGAGGGCUGAUUGCUCUAAGCAAGCACACAGCCAUCCUUGACUUUAAUUGGAAUUUUUCUCCUCAGUCCAGCUCCGUGGUUAAGUCCUUGUGGCUGGGAUUUGCCAGUUCUCCAGUUGUCCAUGGACUCGAGGGAAGCGAGGGUUGGAUUUCUGGCUUACCUGGAAGUCUGUCCCCUCAGCUCCACCCCCAAGGGCUGCGUGAGGCAGCAGCAGCAGCAGCAGCAGCAGAUGAAUUGACCAGCAGAGGGAUUCAGUGGGUCACUGAUAACAGAUUAUUUCACAGAGGAACAAAAUCGAGCCUUUUCCCUCAAAUUACCACCUCAAACAGGUGGCUGAGACAGCUUUUUCCUGUUCAAAAUAAUCCCAUUUUCUUUUGGGUUGUGUUCCAGGUGGGAUGUUUCCCCUCACGCUUCCCCUGAGACCCCAUGAAAACCUGUGUUUCUGUUGUCUUAGUGCUUAUAUUGUGUUACCUUUCUGACAAUGGGAUGAAACCUUUUAAAUCUGCUAUUUUUGUUCCUGCAGUAGCAAUUCCAGCUUUAGAGGCCACGGUGGAGAGUGCUGAGUUGUUGGAUGGUCUGAGCAUAGGACAUGGAUUGGGGAAUUUCAGGUUUGCACCUAAAAUCUGUGCAUAAUUUUAGGGAAUCUGCUUCACUUCUCUCCCUCAGACUUCCUAUGGGACUGCCAUGGGGAAGGGAAAACAUUCAGUGUGCCUGAGAGGGCUGCUGGAAUGCAGGGAGAAUGACUCCCUAAUAUGUUUGAAAAGUGGAAAUAGAAGUGAAAAGGACGUUUUCAAGAAGGUAGAAAGAAAAAAAGAGUCUGGCUGGAGACCCCAGGGCGUUGACAGACGUGCAAUUUCCCUGAUGGGGAGGUGAAACCUUAAAUGUAACCCCCAGGACAUGAGGACUGCUGCUUUAGUUAAGGUACUCUCUACCCUAAUCGGCUCUUUAAGCUACUAGACAAUGAUAAUUGUUAUCAAAAUAGAGAUAUUGCAUCAAUCAGCUUGGAAAUGGCACAGAAAUGAGCAGGAUCCCUGCAGGGGGCAGGUCCUGGCAGGGGUGGCUGAGGCUGGACCCAAAACACUGUGUGGUGCUGAACAGACCCCCAGUGUCUGCCCAGGCACCACUUCCAUCUCCAGAGGGAAGAGAAUGAAUUGUUUUGGUAGAUGACAAGGGAAGAAAUGUUUGGGGUUUUUUUUUAAGGCAGGUUUGAUCAUUUUAGAAUAAUUCUAAAUUGAAAGGGAUCAGCAUCUUCCUGAUGAGAUCCAGCAAUUCCCACAGCCUUCCCUGAAGGCACUGCAAGAGCUGAGGGCCUGAGCACUCGGUGCUGGUCACUGACACUAAGGACAUCUGACUCUUGUUUUGUUAAAUUAAAUAUAGCUGUGAACCAGAAUUGGGUUAUGAACUUCUCAAACAAGCAGGUUUUAAAGCCUGAAGUCCGAAAUUUAUGAUUAAGGCUUUGCCUAACAGCAAAAGUAAAGUUUUGUGAUUUCUCUCCUUCACACGAAUGAUUAAAAACAGCCUACCCAGGGGUUAUGUGACAGUGACACUCUUUACAACACAGGCAUCAUUUUACCAUGGAAUAAGUGCAGUUAACUUGGACUCACUUAGUCCAAUCAAGGGAAACAUAAAUGGAAAUAUGGAAAGAAGUGAGUUGAAGAAAGAUUUCUUGUUAUAUUAUGUCGUGUAAAGUGUCUACAUGCGAUUAAUAAGUAUUUGAACAAUUACAAACCUGGUAGAAUCUUCCUUAAGAUCCCAACUUAAGGGUAGGUAUCAGGGUUAAUCAAAAAUAGAAAAGCAAUAAAUUAAUUGUAAUUAAACCACCACUGUUAGGGGUACCUGAGAGAGUCUGAAGUGAAAGGACAGCAUGGGCAGGCUGAGGGGUUGUCAGACGUGUCCUUAGAGGUGACAGAUCAGGGAUGAAGCCACAUUUUAGGUGGAGAACCCAAACGUGAGCAGAACUCCUUUUAAAGGGGAGUUUUCCCCAGGUACCUGCAUGGAGGAGAUCAGUGACCAUUGCUGAUUUUAAACAGAUUCUGAUCACAUUUAGAUGGGAUUCUGAUCUGGUGGAUUUUCCUAUGAAACUUGUCCUGUGUCAUAAGCAGGACAAAACUUACCUGGAGAGAUCGAGGUGGGCUCCGCCCUGCGAUGGAGAAACGAUUCCUGGCCAGCAGGUACUUCAGCAGCUUUUCUCUUUGGUUCUGCAAGGAAAGAGAAAAGCUUUUGAAAGCCUGGAACCCUUCUCAGGAACUGGCAGCAGCCUUGCAGUGGGCAAAGCCUCCUAAGCCACUGUCAGCACCACGCACGUAUCCGCAGGGUACAGCAGUCCCUGCUCCAGGACAGUGGGAAAACCAGCAAGUCCUCCCAGCCUGAUGCUCCAAGAAUUAGGGAUCCUGUCUUGGGAUUCAUUUAACAGAGCUACCAGGGUGGCAAAGAGUCCAGACCUUCGCAGGAAAAAGCCUUUAAAAUAACCAAGAUUUAGGGCUACAUCGUUCCCGAGUAAUUUUUAUGUUUGAAUUUUGGGUUGUUUUUAGAAGCUCGGUACUGGCCCUCGAGGAGGGGACAGCAGUGGGUUAACACAUUAAUAUUCUUCAUUGUAACUUAUGUUGCUCUAUCAUUGCCUAUAAUAGCUUUUAAGCAUGCGAGUGUUGGUGUAUCUGUAUCCUCCCUGGAUGGGUUUAAUGAGCUGAAUUAAUUGGGAGGGUUUUUUAAAGGAAUGUUCUGUACAAAGUUUUAGGGUUGUUUUUCUUUUUUUUUUUUUUCCCAGUAGCCCUUCUUUUUGCUGUGGAUACAGGAGUCUCAAGUAGAGAACUUUCUAAAAUAAAGUGUGAAUAUUUUUAUUACUCCUUUGUACAGUGUUCUAAGAGAGACUAAUAAAGUUAAGUAUUCAGGUAAAAA